AUGUUCAAAAUAUGUGGCUUGUUUGUUGUUUUAAUGUUAAUACCGAUUGUAAUAUCACAAGAGCCUGAAGAAGAAUAUAAAGGAAAAGCUUUAGGAAAAUUUAAUGCAUAUCACCACCAAGUAUCUGGAGAAGUUCACGCCGUCGAUGAAUACACAUUACUUCUAACCUCAUUCAAUUACGACGGAAAUGGCGCUGACGCAUUCUUCUGGGCUGGUGCGUCAAAUCGUCCUGGCCCGCAAGGAUUUAUUGUUCCGGAUGAGUGGGGAAAAACUAAUAUAUUAGAUCGUUACUUCAACAAAGACUUCACAUUAACAUUACCGGACAAUAAAAAAAUAACAGAUAUCAAAUGGCUUGCCGUUUAUGAUAUUGGGUCGCAGAAUACAUUUGGUGAUGUAUAUAUUCCCGAAGAAUUCGAGCCACCGGCACCGCAGAAGAUUUCUCAACUAUCGCGAAGAUCACACGGAGUGACCUCAGACCCGAUUGUCAUCUUAGACGCAAAAACAAUUAGCAUUCCGCGGUUCCAGUACGAUGGCAAAGGUAAUGAUACGUACUUUUGGGUUGGUUCCGGUGCCCAACCCUCUAGCAAAGGUGUCAAAGUACCUGAUGACUAUGGAUAUUUAGAUUCACUGAGAGAAUACAAAGGCGAAGAUAUAAUCAUUCAACUUCCCGGUGAAAUGACCGUCUUUCAGAUAAAUUGGCUGAGUAUUUUUGACCUCAGCACGAGAAGUAAUUAUGGGUCUGUGAUAAUUCCUGAAGGAUUGAACGUUCCACCUUCUUUGGUCAAGGCUAUUAAAACAAUGUCGACAUUGCCAAAUUGUGUGCAGUUGCAUAAAAAUUAUCAGGUUAGCUGGGAAAUAUUUGGACCACAAAUAACGAUUCAAUUAUCCGGUCAAAUUGGCGAUGAUGAGUACAUGGGAUUCGGAUUAUCUGGAUCUGAAGAGAAAAGUCAAAUGGAAGGUGCUGAUGUCACUAUUGCUUACAUGGAUGAUGUACGUGGGUAUGCAACUGAUUACAAUAUUACUUCAAAAGCGCCUUGUGGUAAGACGCUAGGUCAAUACAAGGGCGUGUGUAAAGACGAGCUAGUCGGAGGUACCGAAAGCAAUCAAUUUUACACCGCAGUAAAGGAAAAUGGAAUAACCACAAUUACUUAUCGUCGCAAUCUUAUUUCUCCUGACUCUGGGGACAAGCCAUAUCCAACGGACCGUCCAGUUUACGUGGUCUGGUCUCUAGGUCGUUUAGACGAAAACAAAGAGCCUAAUUUCCAUGAUUAUUAUCCUAAAACCAGUUUGAAACUUGAAUUGAAUCGAGCUGAGCCGGAGAAUACAUGCUCUGACUUUACGGAGCUUAAUAAAAAAUAUACAGAGCCUUGGGAGAAGUUUGACAUAUUUGACCGGAGUAUCAGAUCAUUCAAGGCAACGAUAGGACCUUCUGGAGGAAAAAAAGGGUACCAAGGAAUGACUGGUCUGACUUCCAUGGGCUACGUCUGGUACUUGAAUGGGCUAAUGUCGCCAGAAAUUUAUUUACGUCGCGGGCUGACCUACAGCUUCCGAGUCUACGGUGGAAAUAAUCCUCACAGUCCUAACUUUUAUCAUCCGUUUAUUAUCACUGAUGAGAUUCACGGCGGGUAUGACAGACUUUCUGAUGUAGCGCAAGCACAGGUUCGAGUACUUGCUGGUGUUGAAUUUACUAGACGUGGUAGGCCCAGGCCGACUGCCGUAGGUCCGCUUUGUCUGAGUAAACACGGGGAACGUGACCGAAGGCUCGAUGAUGAUUUUUUGAGCUUCCAAAAAUUCAAUCGAACUUUAAUUCACGUCUGCGAACCAGGUGACGGUGGAAUACUAGAAGUAACUCCAAAUUCAAGUUGGCCUGACACUGUUUACUAUCACUCGUUCACCCACGCGAAUAUGGGCUGGAAGAUUCACGUUGUAGACGCUUACAUCCGUAUAAGUGGGAGUAGCACCAUUGUCUUAACAUCUACCAGAUCGUUAUUAGUCAUUACACUUUUUAUACUAUUUUUUUGA